AUGACAUUCACGUGGGAGACUGUGUUCCUAGUCAUGUUGAAAAAUGCUUGGAUGUCCGAGGAUUUCACGGAGGCUUUUGCGAAGUGCUCAGCUUACUUCUCGACUCAGCAGACAGACUACAUUGAGCGCAAUCUACGUCUUUUCAAAGAAUUCCCCUUCGAGGAAAAGCAGCUGAUCAAUGCCAGGAAAAGGAGUUAUCCGACAGCUUUUAUUGAGAGGUUGGACUUACGUCGUCUUAAGGAGGAGGAUAAGAUUGUCCCUGAUCCGGCGAUUCCUUUAAAUCAAGGGGGCAAUAUCAACAGUACCAGGUCCUUGCCGACAGCUGGUAGAGCUAACAAGAGCGGCACUCAGUCUUCUAGGGCCGAGUUUAGGAGGCUCUAUGAGCAGACUCAGGGUCGGAGAGCAGACCUAGCUAAGGAGAAGCCACAUGCUGGGUUCGUCCCGACUGAAGGCGGUUCGACGGUGAUGAAGGGGGCUCGAGCAGAGGAGGAUGAGGAGAAGGUGCCGGCUAUUGGCAGCAACUUGAGCAAGGCACUGUUGGAGAAAGCGGGGUUGACAGGAGAGGGUCUCAAGCAUGGCAACCCGAUAGUUGAAGUGGAGAACCGGCGGCCCACGGAUCGCCGAGGUCUUGGGCACGGCUCUGUAGGGGAGUCUUCUGGCGGGCCGAUGGUGAUGCAUGCCAAGCCGGCAAUGAAAAUGAGGAGGGAGCUGGAGAAUACUCUGCUGGGGAAAAUCAGUAGCGGUGACUAUUUGAAAGAGUCAUGGUUCACUGAGUGUGGGGUGCCGUUGGAGCCCUAUGAAGUGAAGUUAUCCAAGUUCGCUGACUCGGAUGCUCUUGAUAAAGUCGUCUAUUAUCGCACUGAAGCGGCAUGGGAGCAGCAGAGUGGCAGAGUGGAAGUGCCGAAACCAGCAGAAGACGAGAGUGCGCUCGAGGAGAUAAGGAAAGUGGCGGGCUUUGUGGAGGUCUCUCUUGGGGAGAGGGUUCUUGAGAUUAACCCAGCGAGUCCUACAGAGUCAGUGAUCGAGUGCGAGCGUAUCAUCCGUUGCGAGCUGGGUACAUCGAGUUCGAGCAAGCUCCCAGACAGACACAAGGAUGUGGUUGCAUUGCUGCCACCAGAGGCGACGUCGGAACCUCUUGAUUCUAUCUUUGUGAGGAUCUCUCGAGACAGUGCAUGCCCUUAUCCUAUCGAGUUGACAGAGUACGAGUUGAGACACCGUCGGGAGUGGCUUGGUCCUAUCAUGGCGGCACUCAACUGCCAUCCUCAUCGAGCGCUCAUUAUAGGUCUACCACAAAGUACACUACUGACUCGGUGGUCUGCCGGUAUUCUCCAAAUAUUGGCUUUGGCGUUCUACCACACUCAGCUGGUGACACCUACGAACCCUGUCACCGGAGGGGCGUGGAUUAUAUGCACACAUCGGGGCUAUGAGGAGAACAUUCGUGAUUCCGUACCCUACAGGGCGUGCAGACAGUUCUUGCAAUGCCUCUAUGAUGCAAGUACUAUGACCGAAGCUCGUGGAGGUUUUAUACCAAACGUCCUACCUCCCCCUUACUUUACUGAGGAAUCCUUCGCUCGUUACAUUUGUGAUUUCAACACAGAAGUUCUCACAACUGAAUAUGAGGGGGUGUGGCGUGCUAUGGAGAGGCCUGCAUUGGAGAGGAGUGAGGUCCAGCAAGAGAAAGAAGAGAAGGAAGAAGAGAAGAAGGAUGCCACCGUCUAAAUCUACGUAUCA